AUGCCCGCCGGAAACCCCUUUCCUGUAGCCAUUGUUGGCAUCGCGGCCGAACUUCCUAGCGGCAAAUGGAGUGAAUCGAACUUCGACUACAUCUCGUUCUACGAGUUUCUUCUGCAAGGCGGAGAGGCGUACGAGAGAAUUCCCUUAGAACGCUUUAAUGUACAAACAGGUAGAGCGUCUGGCCAAGUGGUCACCGAUUCGGGCGCAUUUCUCAAGAACAUAGACCUUUUCGAUCCCGUCGAGUUCGGGAUUACGAGCAAGGACGCCAGGUUGAUGAACCUGGGUACGCGCAAGCUGAUAGAGACCACCUUCCUGGCGUUGCUCGACUCGGGCCUCGACUAUAGAGGACGAAACGUCGGGUGCUACAUGUCGGCCGUAGCCCACGACAUGUUUUCGGUGUCCGGACAUGAUGACACGGAGGCUCGUGGAGCGUUCUCAUACGGCCCAGCCAUGGUCGCAAACCGCGUCUCGUAUCACCUCGAUCUUCGCGGCCCGAGCCUACCACUCGACACUGCAUGCAGCUCGACGCUGUAUGCCACUCAUUUGGGUGUUCAGGCGCUUCGGAAUGGAGAGUGCGAAGCCGCAGUGGUCGGAGGUUGCCAACUCAAUCACAGAUUUACGGAGUGGCUUCUGUAUAGUCAAGGCGGGAUUCUUUCCCCUGAUGGGAAGUGCAAGCCCUUCGAUGUUUCUGCCAACGGAUUUGGACGUGGUGAGGCAGCCGUUUCAAUCGUGCUGAAGCCACUCGACGCCGCCCUCCGUGACCGCGAUAGAAUCUAUGCUACGAUUCUCGGGACCGGGAUCAACUCCUCGGGAUCGCUAGCGCCGGUCAAUGCGCCGGUUGCAUCUGCGCAGCAGGACGCUAUGUUCCGCGCGUUUGCUCAGGCACAGCGGUCGCCUAGAGAUGUAGACUUCAUCGAACUGCACGCGACUGGCACUGCAUCGGGUGACCCGACGGAGGCAAAUUGGGCAGGUGUCCAAUUCAGAAGAGACGCAGAACUUCUGGUCGGGAGCGUCAAGGGCAACGUUGGGCACACCGAAAUCACUGCGUUCCUCUCGUCCCUCUGCAAAGUUUGCCACAUCAUCGAGCACGGCGUCAUCCCGCCUACCGUCAACUUCUCUGUGCCUAACCCGGCCAUCCGAUGGAAGGAGCACAACAUGCGCGUGCCUGUUGCUCCCGAGAACCUCAGUAUCCGCUCUCCCUCCGGCCGCGCACUCAUUGCGAUGUCGAGCUCGGGGAUUGGUGGUGCCAACGGCCACUGUGUCAUCGAGGCGCAUGCUUCCAACACGGAUGGCGUGCCGCGUAUGUGGUCGUGCGAGAGGUCGAUUAUCCCCUCGCUUCUCAUUGCCGGCGGCCUGUCGCCGCGGUCUACUUCGGCUGUAGGCGAAUCGCUCAAGAGCAUCUCAGCCGAUCGUGAUCGCACGCGCGUGGGUCGCGCACUCGGUCGUCGUGUGCGCUCCAUGCUGUGGAAAGCGUAUUCUGUUACUCCCGAGGGUCAGAUCCCUCGCUUCUCGGAGCCCGUGCUCACGCCGAAGGUCGCGCCGGAAGUUGUCUUCGUCUUUUCUGGGCAGGGCCCUCAGCACUGGAACAUGGGCCGCGAGUUGUUCGGGACGUGUGUGCCGUUCCAUGACACCGUGGUGGAGCUCGACCAAGUCUACGCCGCCGUGACGGGCAAGUCUCUGAUCAAGGACAUCGGCCUCUUCGACGAGUCCGGCAUCCCUGAUACCCUAGGAGACGUCUGGCCGAUCUCUAUCACUCUUCCUGCGCUGACGAUCCUCCAAAUUGCCCUCGUCGAUACCCUGGCUGCGAUCGGCAUCAAGCCAGAUGUAGUGGUUGGACACUCGGCAGGCGAGACGGCGGUCGUGUACGCGUCCGGCGCGGCUUCAAAGGCGAUGGCAGUCGAGCUUUCCAUAGCCAGAGGUGAAGCGAUGGCGACACUGGAAGCACAUGAUGGGACGAUGGCGGCUGUGGCCUGUUCCGCUGUGCGGGCGAAGGAGAUCAUCGACGAGGUCGUCGCAGAGCUCGGCCCCGCUGCCCUAGAGGUUGCGUGUUUCAACGCUCCGAACGCUGUUACGCUGUCUGGCUCUACGAAGCACGUCGUGUCGGCGGUAGCUCGGGCGAAAGCGGCCGGUAUCCUGGCGACUCGUCUGCGGACACGGAUCCCCGUUCAUUCGUCGAUGAUGACGCUCUGCCAAGCAGAGUAUGAAGGACGGGUCGAGGAGGUGUUCAAGAAGUACGCCGUCGAACCCACGAAAGUCGAGGCAUACUCGGCUCUGUCUGGCGACAUGCUCACUACGUCUUACGAUGCUCGCUACUUCUGGGACAACACUGUCGGACCAGUCAUGUUCGAUCCUGCCGUGAAAUCUAUACGCAAUCGACACCCGCAGGCGAUUUUCGUUGAACUCGGACCUCAUCCGGUUCUCUCGGGCUAUAUCACUGCGAUCGCGGGGCAGGGAUCAACGGUGCUGAGUCCGCUGAAGCGAUCUAAGUCCUCAGAGGUCGGCUAUACUGGGGUGGACAUGGAUGUGCUGUACGGUACGGCGGAGAGCGCAGGCGCGGCCAUUCCGCCGUAUCCAUUUGCGCGGAAGGAGGUCCCAUACGUCGCCCAAACACUCGAGAUCACUAGACAACGACAGGCGCGUCACGGCCCUCUGAACUACCGUCAACUGCGGAUCAACACACAGACGCAUCCUGGCCUAGCGGACCACGUCAUCAAGAACGAGCCGAUCAUGCCUGCAGCGGGAUUCUUAGAAAUGGCACUCGAAUUUGGCGCGAAAAGGCUGUGGGAUGUACAAUUCCAUUCGAUGUUGUCUCUUUCUGCGGAACGUCCGACUCCUGUCGACGUGAAGCUAGAAGGCUCACGGUGGAGCGUCCGUAGCGUGGCUGCGACAGACUAUGCGAACACAUGGCCUCCGACUUAUAAUCGUCUACAUGCAACUGGCUAUCUCUCUACGGAAAGCGAACUCGAUGCGGAUGGCCCUGCAGUAUCUCUGGACGACAUACGUGCACGGCUGAAGAAGAUGGAGAUGAAAGGCUUCUAUGAACACCUCGACUCGUUCGCUAACUACGGGCCUACGUAUAGAAGAGUGUUAUCUUGUUACCACGGGAUUGACGCCUCUGGUUUGGAGGAGCUUCUUAUAGAGAUUCGCGGGGCAGGAGACGAUUUGGAAAACCUGUCGGAGUACCGACUGCACCCCGCGAUUUUAGACGCUGCACUGCACGUUGCGGUGCACCCGCUGAUAACUGGGGCCAUCGCGCAAGGACGUUAUUACCUGCCAGCGAAAGUCGGCACAGGUCGGCAUGAUGCCGCCGACGUGGAGUCGACUGUGAUCGUCGACGGGUCACCGAAGGAUCUGAACGCCAAGCUUCGAAUCUUCCGGUACCACAGAGGAGGCGAGAUGAGCCUUCAGCAAGCCGUUGGCUCUCUGAAUCCCUCUGACAGAGAGUUGCUUUGCUUCAUCACGGCUGAAGGCCUGGACGGCGACGCAAUCCUCGGCUUCACGAGGUCUCUUCGCAAAGAGUACCGAUCGUGGCGGGUAUUCUGUGUUGUGUUCCCUUCGUCAUGGCCUUUUGCUGAGCUUGAAGAGACAGCACGCUCUCUUUGCGCACAUCCGCUCGCAGAAGACGAAAUGUUGGUACAGGGUGACAGAUCUGUGUGUGUCGCUAGGGUCGUUCCCUCGUCUGCGCCCAAGCAAACCGUGUCUUUCGACCCUGAAGCACCGUGGUUGUAUCAGAAACACGCCCUUUCGCAGGUCCCCAAACCGGCGAUUCCGUCGGGCCACAUUUUCCUCCGCGUUGUGGGCACAUCUUCAGACAGCUCCUCGUGUCGGGCGUUCAUCGGGCGCACGGACGCCUCAUCCACUACCUAUAUCGGCAUCACAUUCGGACCCCUGUCUAACUACGUCGUGGCCCAUCGCGGGAGCCUCUUGGAGUUGACCAAUGUCCAGGAUACCGACCGCGGUCCUCACGCACUCGCAGCAGUCAUCGCUGUCCUGGCCAUUGGACAUGCCAGAUUCAGCGACCCAUCGCGAUUGGAAGCUUCAUGCAUCCUCGUGACGCAUUCCGACACAGAGAUUGGACAUGGCGUCUGUCAACUCUACGAGAGCCGCGGAUUCCACGUAGCCCGCCUGCCCUCGCAGGCCAUCAUUGUCUCUGGGAGACAACGCAUUGCUGCUAACGACAUCGACGAGACCGUGACCCGGCUGCAAGCAGGAACGAUAUAUCAGUGGAACGACCCAAGCACCGGAGUUGCUCAAACUCUGGACGAGGACCCAUGGGCCGUAGGUGACGCAUUGAAGCUGGCGUUGUCGGAUCCUGCCGACUUCAGCGAGGUGUUUGCUCCUCCGAUCGAGCUGCUUGGCAUAGCGCCACCGGUAGAAGUGCCGUCGCUACUCUCCAUUUUCGACCAAGACAAGUCGUAUAUCUUGGUUGGCGGUAUCGGAGGACUUGGAUUGCACAUCGCGAGCUGGAUGUACAAGAACGGAGCGCGUGAAAUCAUCCUUACCUCCCGCUCAGGGACCGCUAAUCUCGUACCAAAGGACGAGUUCAUUGCUUUGCGGCUCCUGGAGUAUCUGCGGUCACGGGAAGACUUGGUAUUGCGUACGGAGGCUGUUGACGCGUCUUCGGUUGAGCAGACCAAGGAGUUGGUUGCUUCCAUCCAGAAGCCGGUCGGGGGAUGCAUGAUCUUGACUGCCGUUCUGAUCGACCGUACCUUCCCUAUGCAGACCGCAGAGACGUUUGAGGCACCUUUCACAGCCAAGUUGGGUGCUUUCAACGCUUUGGAGAAAGCCGUCGACAUCGAUUCGCUGGACUUUGUGCUUGCUUACUCAUCUAUCGCGGGGCUGUCAGGAAACGCCGGGCAAACGAACUACUCUAGCGCAAAUACUGCUUUGACAGGGCUCACGAGACGCUACAGGAAUGCGGUGACCAUCGUGCCACCAUUGAUCAACGACACGGGAGUAUUCCUGACGAUGGCCGCUACAGACAGCACACGGUGGUCGCGCUACCGGCACCUGAGCUCCUGGGCUAUGACGUCCGCGUGGCAAUACAUUCCAGACUUCGACUGGAGCCUCGUCCAGAGUAAUCUCGGGUCUUCCCCGCUCUACGACCACCUCGUCAUCAAGGCGUCGUCCUCAGACACGGACCAGACGUCUUCGGAUGACUUGGGCCGUAGCCUGAGUGACAUCAUCUGCGAUGUGCUCGAUAUCGACCCUGAGGACCUCUCUGCCGACGUACCUCUCACGUCCUACGGUCUCGACUCUCUUUCGGCAGCGGCUCUGUCUCACGCACUGGAGCCAUAUGUGGCGAUCUCGCAACUUCAGCUUCUGGCGGACGUCACGCUGGGUGAUCUCGAAGAUGAGAAGGUCUUUGCCAUUGUCCGCCGCGACGUAUCGGGAACCUCGGCCAAGGAUCGCUUGCUGAAUGUCUUCAACGCUCGCGAACUGGACGCAGCUACCCUGACUUCAGACAAGCUCGCUGUGCUGGAGGGCGACCUAUCGGAGCCCAGAUUCGGUCUGUCGACGACGGAAUAUGAUGAGCUCCUCAGUUCAGUGACUCAUAUCGUACACUUGGCCUGGCCGAUCGAUUUCGUCACACCCUUGUCGGCAUUCGAGCCUCACAUCCGCGGUAUACGUUACAUGAUCGAUUUCGCUGCCGUUUCAGACGCCCAUGUAAAGCUCCUCUUCUCUAGCACAGCGGGCAUGUUCAGAAGACUAUCCGAUCACAAGCCUGUCGCAGAGGUAUUGGUCGAGGACCCCACAAUUGCUGUCGGCUCCGGCUAUCCUGAAUCGAAGUGGGUUGCUGAGCGUCUCGUUACAUUCGCAGCAGCGAAGAACAUCCUAUCGCCCACCAUCGACGUUUCGUGGUUGCCUGUCGAUGCAGCUGCGGCUGCGGUAGUCGAUUUCACGGACAGUUCAGAGAAAGUCCUCCAUCUACGCCACCCUCAGCCUGUGACGUGGCCGGAGGUCUUCAACCAAUUCGCUUCGGUUCUCAACCUCCCGCUCGCCCCGUACUCCGACUGGAUCACCCGACUCGAGCGCGGCCUUGUGUCCACUGACGAGACAGACGCAACGCGUUAUCUGCAGCACGGUCUCCGCCUGCUCGACAUCUUCAGGCUCGCAUCGGAUCCAGAUGAACCUCGCCCUGACGUCAUGGGCAAGCUCGUCCCUCACAUCGACAUCACACAUGGAUUGGAGGCUUCUGCGACGCUGCGCGAAGGCAAGGUGGCUAAGAUUGGUGUGGAGGAUGUUCGCCGUUGGGUUGAUUACUGGCGGAAAGAGGCUUUCAUUCCCGCUGCCGUGCCUGGCGCUGAGCAGUGA